AUGAGUCGAGAAAUAAAAAAGCCGGUGAGUUUUACAAAUUUCCAACAAAAAAAAUGAAUAUUAUUUUUGAACUUUUUCAGAAACCGGAAAAGUUAGAUGGUGUUUUGGAAGAAGGAGAGGUCAACGCAAACUAUGAAAAUAACAAUUAUAUGAGAGAAUCUUAUGAGACACGUGGUUUUCAAAAUUUGAAUGGAGUCGAAAAAUGGCUGGCUGAAAAUACUGGAAUCAAGAUUGGGAAUGAGCACGGAGGAGGUCAAGAAAAUGCAGAAGAUGAUAAAGGAGAAGAAAUGAGCGAUCAAGAAAUAGAGGAAGAAGAUCAAGAAUCCGUUGUCGGAGCUGUGGCCUAUGAUGCAGAUGGAGAGGUAACUUUUUUCGUGAUUUGAAAAUAGGGGGUCUAAUAUUCCUGGGUUAUUUUGUUUCAUCUCAAAAUUUUUCUAUUUUCAAUGUUAUCCGAAACAAAAAAAUUGAUAAUUUAGUUGCAGUGUUAUUGAAUGUUUUAUAAAUAAAAAAUAUUCCCUUGUGAAUAAUUUAUACGUUACGUGAAACAUUUUCAUUUUCAAUAAUUUCUUUAAUAAACGUGGCAUUUCUUAAUUUUUAUUAUUUAAACUCGUUAGCUUUAAUUCAUAUUUUAUAGUUUUUCCACCUAAUUUUUAUUUUUAUAGUUUUACUAUUUUACUAGAAAACUAGAUGCCCACAUAGAAACUUGUUGAAAUCUCAUCCAAAAAAAUUGUAUUUUUCAAAAAAAAAGUGAUUAUAUUUUGAAGGAUUCGAACGAUGAUUCCAGUUCAAUUGAUUCAGGUGGUCAUUAUCAAUUAGUGAGUUUUUAAGAGAUCAUUUUUCAAAACUAAUUUUUCGUUUUUCAUACAUACAGUACUCGGAUUCUGAAUCUGAGACUUCCAAUAACUCCAAUGAGGGAUUUAUGCCACAAAUUUAA